AUUCUCGAGCGUAUCCCCUGGAUCAGCACAGUAUUGGACACCAAACUUUACAAAGAAUCUACACCUCCAUCCACCAUGCGUUUCACCGACGUCGCCUUGGCCUUUUCUGCCUUCAUUGCCAACGCCGUUGCGCAACGGCCCGCAGACACGUCCAUAUGCGACUAUUACACAACUGCGCUUUUCGAGAACAACACGGCCGAGAACCAGUACAGUUUGCUGGUUGCGUUAGUGAACACCGUUGUUAUUGGAAACUACACCCAGCCAAACGUUGGCAUCGUCGUUCCCGGGAUCCUUGCUGAAGGGAUCUACAACGGCACGAACGUCAACCUGUUACCGUAUUUCGACGGAACCCUCAACAGUACCAAUCGCGGCGGCAGCUCCGGGGAGUCGGUGAACUUCCUCGAUAGCGGAGGUGCUACUCCGUUGAAACAGAAUAAGGCUGCCGACGACGAGAACUCCAAGCAAUACAAGCUUCUUACCCACCUCUACCAGUUUUUCGGCACCCUGCUCGGUUGCUCCAUGCAGGGGAUGCCCGCCUUCGCCAGCUACGAGGGCGAUCCGUCCAUGUUCAAAGUUCACAAGUUUAUGAACUUGAAUCCGGCGGAGCUGGGUUACUUCGUCCAGCAGGUCGGUCUGGCCGGUGCCUCUUUCGGCGUCGCCGAGGAUGACCUCGAGAGCGUCGGCAUGGCCUUGGAAACCAUGUUUGGCCUCCGCUGUGCUCCGCCUGUCGAGGUCGUGAAGCCCCUGGGCCCCCAGUUACAGGCAAUCUGCAUUGAUCAGAGUUGCCCGCUCGCGCAAGACGCCGUCUGCAGCAAGUACGAGGCCCCGAACACCACCACCCCGUCCAGUACCACGACCCCGAGUAUGCCCUCGAGUUCCGUUACAAGCACGGUAGCAACGGGAGGUUCCAAAACAUGGGCUGAGCUGCGCCACCAACAAUUGUUGCGUGAGGAACCGCGCCUCACCUCCUUGAGGCCAAAAAAGCGUUCCCAGUCAUCCCCGGCCCCGGCUCUCGCCGAGCGCGGCCCUCACGGUUUACCGAUGCGUUUCGUUGUCCGCGGGGCCGGGCGCAGCUUCAAGCUCUGCGGCGAAGACGCCAAAGCCCCCCUCCACUACAUCGCGAGACAUCACAAACUAUUCUCAAGGCACGAACAGCUCAUCUUGCAUACCUCGGGCCACAAGAAAGACAAGUCGGCUCCUCUGAUCUCCAUCAAGAAGGGCGUCUUCGGUACCGCACCCGUCGGCGGCAAAAACAGCAAGGUGCACAUCCCCAACUUCGAGAGUUACAACAUCGAGCUGCACAAAAGCAACCAGAACAACACCGUCGAAAUGAAGUACGAGGGUAGCAAGGGGCUGGUGAAGGACAAAUACGCCUUCACGCUGUUCUGCAACGGGCGCAGAGAAACCUUCCGCUGGUACGAGGCGAAUAAGCUGAACUGCCCCGAGGUGAGGGCGAUUCAUAAGCGUGACAAGCCGAUCGUGAAGACGGGCAUGCCCAAGGACCCCAAGAAGAAGAGAAUCGGCACCAUGAUCACGGGCAGCUAUCUGAUCAGGGUCACCGACGGCGCUCCACAAUGCCCGGGUGACCCGAACGUUGUGAUGGGCUGGGACGAGAAAGGCAGAGAGAUUGUUGCUAGUUAUGCCAGGGGUGGCAGUGGGUUUAUUGGUGGCACCAAGAUGUUUUUCCAGUUCUGGGGUAGCGCGGCCAAGGGUCAAUUUGGGGAGGACUUUACUCGGGUGGCGGCCGUUACCGGCACGGCGUUGUGGAGGGAGCAGAUUCUUGAGGAGAAGGCUGCUGCCCAGCGGCGUAAUCGGAAUCGGUAGAUGGGACUAGCCUUGAGGUUUCAUGAAGGUUCGCAGUGUACUUGGAGUGAUAGAAUGUCUUGAUAAAGCGGUGUUGUUAAUUAGAGUUCGAUUUCAAAGCAU